AUGGCCCCGACUCACAAGGUGGCCGUCAUUCAAUGGCACAUAAAGGAUCUUGCGCCUGAAGAGAACCAUGUCAAAGCAUGUAAUUAUAUACGACAGGCCGCUGCUCAAGGUGCAGAACUGGCUGUGCUCCCAGAAUACCACCUCGUCGGCUGGGUCCCAGAAGAUCCCCUCUACGUAACUCUAGCAAACGACUAUCUCAAAUAUCUCGAAUCCUACCAAUCACUAGCCAAAGAGCUCAACAUCUGCAUCGUCCCCGGCACCCUGGUCGAGCGCCACAUCGUCAAAUCUGACAACAAUGGUGAAGAAACCGCACGGCUGUACAACACGGCUCACUUCAUCGGCAAUGAUGGCCAAAUCCUAGGCUCGUACCGCAAGAAGAAUAUCUGGAUCCCCGAACGAGACCAUCUGAGCUCAUCGGCUCAUGAUCCGCAUGAAGUGAUUGAUACGCCGAUUGGAAAAGUCGGCUUGUUGAUCUGUUGGGAUUUGGCGUUUCCGGAGGCUUUUAGAGAACUGAUCGCUAAGGGUGCGGAGGUUAUUAUUGUGCCGACUUAUUGGACGAAAUACGACGCCCUCCCCGAGGCUCUAGCCCUGAACCCCGAAACAGAAGUCCUCUUCAUCGACUCCACCCUCACUUCCCGCUGUUUCGAAAAUACCUGCGCGAUCAUCUUCGCAAACGCCGCGGGCCCCGCGAAUAAGUUCAUGGGCACGUCACGCGUCUCUCUACCUUUCGUAGGCGCAGUGGGGAAGAUGGGAAGUGAAGAGGGCGUUUCUGUAGUGGAUAUGGAUUUGGGGAUUUUGGAUCUUGCGGAGAGUUGUUAUAAGGUUAGGCAGGAUAUUAAUAGUGAAGGGUGGCAUUAUGUGUAUAGGCAUAAUAGCGCGGCGGGGUUGUGA